AUGGAAGCAAUUAGGUGUCUUGUUCAUGGGACCUUCUGCUUUCUAAAGACUGGCGUCCGCGAUGGUCCAAAUAAAGGAAAGAGUUUCUACGUGUGCCCAGAGGACGCGUGUGCCUUCGUGCAGGCUGCCAACAUUCCUAUUUCUUACUGUUUAUUGCAUGAGGACUUUGUGGUAGAGCUUCAAGGUUUGCUUAUACCACAGGGCAAGGAAGAAUACAGAUUAUUCUUCCGAUGCAUUGGAAGGAAGGCAGAGAGGAAGCACUGGUGUGGAAGUAUUCCAUGGCAGGAUCCUAAUUCCAAAGAACAUUCUGUAAUAAGUAAGCCUCAGGAUGCUUCUGAGCCAUUUUAUCAUCUUUCCAGCCAGCAGAGAAACCCAUUCAAAGUACUUGACAAGAAUCAAGAACCAUCUCCCUGGAAACAGCUCAUCAGAGGUGAAGAUGAGGAAAAGAUGACUGAUAAGAAGCAAAAGGAAAAGAGAGAUCAGCUCUUCCAUCAGAAGAAGGAACAGAAGCCUGAGUCUGAAUGUGGGAUGGAGAAAGAUCUCUCAUCUGGCAUGAUGGUAAAGAAAAAACAAUCUGCAUAUCAAGAGAAGAAGCAAGGGGAGAGAAUAGAGUCUCAGUGUGAAGCAAAGAAGACUGAAGCCACACACAAAAAAAAUCUCUCUGAAAUUAAACCCAAACAGUGCUGUGGCACUGAAUUGAGGAAACUAUCUGCAUCUUCUCAAGAGAAAUCAAAUAGGGAAAGUGGUGAUGUGCAAAAAGAAGCAGAACUUCUGAAAGAAAAGGAAACCAGACUUUUGCCUCUAAAUGUUCAGAGUCAGAAUCCAAUAAGCAAGCCCCAGAAAGGGGAACACCUCAGCAAGGGGUACCCCAAGAACUGGGAGGCUAGAGAGACAAAAGCAAAGGAUGAUUUAAGCACACAGACCAUCCAGAAGAGGCUGCCCACUGGGAGUUUCCAGGCACAGUCAGAGACUCCUGGUGUGCCUGCUUCACAAGGAGCAGCUGUCCGGCGGGCACCACCAGCAGCAGGCCUUUCCCUGGGAGAAGGACGGAAACUUGACACAAGCAGUGAUAACAGUGAGGAAGACGAUGUUGUUUUUGUUUCCUCUAAGCCAAGGAACCCCCUACUUGACUUGACUUUGGAUUCACAGAAGAAGGAGGAUCUUAAAUUACCUCGUCAAAGUGAACCAAGAAAAAUCUCUCCUAUCUCAGGAGUCUCCAAGAAGGUAGAGCCUAUAGAUCCAGCAGCCCAACAAGUAUAUCUCACAACACAACUGAAACAAAAGAAGAGCACACUGGCAUCGGUGAACAUCCAGGCUCUUCCAGACAAAGGUCAGAAGUUGCUUGAGCAAAUCCAGGUGUUGGAGGAUGCUCUCAGUGCCCUCAGCCUAUCCCCAGAGCAAGGAACUAAUGAGAAGAGUAACACUCAAGUACAACAACAGAAUAGCUACACCAAAACUACCACUGACCCUCCCCAUUUCGUGCCUCCCAAGGCCCUGCAGGGUCAAGAUCUUCGGCCUCCCAGUUCUCUAGGACUAAAAGACCUAAUAUUCGUGACCUCUUUAGGUAACACCUAUUUGUAUGUAGGUCCUACAAGCCAAGAUUGUCUUCACUCGGUGUGGAAAAUCACAAGUGAAGCCAUUGAUGAAUUGCAUCAAUCACUUGAGUCAUGUCCUGCUGAGACAGUGGUUGCAGAAGAUCCUCCUGGGUUGAAGGUUCCUUUGCUUCUGCACCAAAAGCAGGCAUUAGCUUGGCUACUAUGGCGGGAAAGUCAGAAACCACAAGGAGGAAUUCUGGCGGACGAUAUGGGCUUAGGAAAAACCCUGACAAUGAUUGCACUUAUCCUGACCCAAAAGAAUCAAGAGAAAAACAAAGAAAAGGACAAAAAUUCCAUUACAUGGCUUUCUAAAGAUGAGUCCUCUACCUUUACUUCCCAUGGAACACUGAUUAUCUGUCCUGCAUCCCUGAUCCAUCAUUGGAAAAAUGAGGUAGAGAAACGCGUGAGCCACAGCAAACUAAGGGUCUACCUCUAUCAUGGACCAAACCGGGAUCAACGUGCAAAAGUCCUGUCCUCAUAUGACAUCGUGAUCACUACCUAUAGCCUUCUGGCCAAGGAGAUUCCUACAAAGAAGCAAGAGGGAGAAGUCCCAGGUGCAAACCUUGAUGUGGAGGUCAUCUCAAUACCUUUGCUUCAAAUAGUCUGGGCUCGAAUCAUAUUGGAUGAAGCUCACAAUAUUAAGAAUCCGCGAGUGCAGACUUCCAUAGCUGUGUGUAAGCUGCAAGCCCAUGCCCGUUGGGCUGUCACUGGCACCCCCAUUCAAAACAACUUGUUGGACAUGUACUCGCUGCUUAAGUUUCUCCGUUGUUCUCCAUUUGAUGAGUUCAAUCUUUGGAAGAGUCAGGUUGACAAUGGUUCGAAGAAAGGAGGUGAACGGUUAAGUAUUUUAACCAAGAGCCUUUUGCUGAGGAGAACAAAGGACCAGCUGGACUCCACCGGCAAACCUUUGGUGAUGCUACCCCCGCGUAAAUAUCAGUUACACCAUUUAAAGCUUUCAGAAGAUGAAGAGACAGUUUACAAUGUCUUUUUUGCAAGAUCAAGGUCAGCUCUGCAGUCCUACCUAAAAAGACAUGAAAGUGGGGGCAAUCAGUACGGAAGAAGCCCUGAUAAUCCCUUCAGUAGAGUGGCACAGGAGUUUGGAUCCAGUGGGCCUGCACACUCUUUAGUGGAAAACUCCCAGAGACCCAGCACGGUCCACAUACUGUCACAGUUGCUGAGACUCCGCCAGUGUUGCUGCCAUCUGUCUUUACUGAAGUCGGCUCUGGAUCCAACAGAACUGAAGAAUGAAGGCCUCGUCCUUUCCCUGGAAGAACAGCUUGGUGCAUUGACCCUGUCUGAACUCCACAGCUCAGAGCCUUCUUCCAUGGUUUGCCUUAAUGGCAUAUCAUUCAAUGUGGAGCUUUUCAAAGACACAAGAGAGAGCACUAAGAUAUCAUCUCUGUUGGCAGAACUGGAGGCAAUCCGAAGUAAUUCAGUGUCUCAGAAAAGUGUCAUUGUUUCUCAGUGGGCCAGCAUGCUGAAAGUUGUAGCAUUACACCUUAAAAGGCACAGACUGACUUAUGCCACCAUUGAUGGUUCUGUCAACCCCAAACAGAGGAUGGACUUGGUUGAGGCAUUCAACAGUAAUGCCCAGGAUCCUCAGGUUAUGCUAAUCUCUCUCUUGGCUGGAGGUGUCGGUCUAAACUUGACUGGAGGAAACCAUCUUUUUCUUCUUGACAUGCACUGGAAUCCAUCACUUGAAGAUCAAGCAUGUGACCGAAUUUACCGAGUAGGACAGCAGAAAAAUGUUGUAAUUCACAAAUUUGUUUGUGAGAAAACAGUGGAAGAGAAGAUCCUACAGCUCCAAGACAAAAAGAAAGAAUUGGCCAAACAGGUCCUAUCGGGAUCGGGAGAAUCUGUCACCAAGCUCACUUUGGCUGACCUAAAAGUCCUUUUUGGCAUCUAA